AUGUCGCAACUCCAUGGGGAAAGUUUCUACGGCAACCUUGGCCAACCCCUAAGACCUCCUGUACCCGAUCCUCCGCAAGAACACAGUGAUGGCGCGCAUGCUGUACCCGGGGACGUAGGCGGUGACCGGUCCUCUCGUGAUGAUCAGGGCGGUGGAAGUAAGUGGACUCCCAAGGAGUCCAGCUCAGGAGCUGGAGAUGACAAAGGCCAGGGCGGUGAUGAUCGAUGGCAGUGGAGUAGAAAUCAGCAGAGCUGGUGGGGCUACUCUUGGGGAAACGGGAGUCAAUGGGACUCCUCUUGGGAGCCUCGAUGGGACUCCGCCCGGAGGUGGAGUCGUGAUGAAACUUGGGGCACUGGCUCUACGGAGUCGGGAUCAGCGACUGAUUGCCAGGGGAACGGCAAUCCGAAGGGGCACUGCCAGCACGGAGAUGGCGCGCAAGAUCUUCAUCCUCCUCGAGGUUCGGGCGAUCCUCGAGUUGACGGGGCAGGAGGCUUUCCGGAUGGAUGGAGGCCGACUUCGCUUCCCGCGGAGCUGGGCGGGCCACGACCUCGCGGCCCUCAGGAAGGGAUCCGCGGUCCCUCAGAGAAGAUGGUGGUGCCUACUUUCUCUGGCACGAUGGAUGCUGGAGAUGAGAACUUGGGCCAGACGGCCCGGUCCUAUCUACGACAGGUCGCGGCAUGGAGGCGCAUGACGAGAAUGGCCCCUGAAGCUCAAGCGUUGACCUUGUACCAGAAUCUGACGGGGAAAGCGUGGAUUGAGGCAGAACGCCUCAGCGUCGACCGCCUUGCCGAGGCGGAUGGAGUGGACCACCUGCUUGCCUGGAUCAAGGACCGCUACCUCGACGUCGAGAUCACACAGGUGGGACGGUGCCUGUCUGACUUCUUCAGAAAGCUGAGAAGGAAGCCCGGACAGUCCGUGAGAGACUACCUGUCCGACUUCGACAGAUGCCUGGCCAGGUUGAACGAGGUCGGCUGCGUCCUCCCGGACCUGGCCUCGGCGUGGGUCCUGGUGGACCGGAUGGGCUUGGAAGAAAGCGCCGAGCUCAACCUCCUUGCCUCCGUCGGUAACGUCUACAACCUGAAGCUCCUGAAGCAAGCUUCCAUAGUUCAGGAUAGAUCCCUUCGCAAACCAUGGGAAACCUCUACGAGUACUAAGCCCUGGAACAAUCGCAAACCGCAAAGUGCCCUGAUGGCGAGCGCCCUCGACGAGGAGGCGGCCGGCGACCUCGACGAGGAGAAUGCUGGCGCAGAGGACGAUUCUGAGGUCGUCCCUGAAUCUGUGGCGGCAGAGCUUUAUGAGGCCUACGUUACUCAUGAGACGGCUCGGCAAAAGUACCGUGACACCCUGAAACUCAGAGGCAAUGAUGCCGAGAGCAUGAAGCAGGCCAUGCACCAGAAGCUCCUUGCUGCAAAACAGAGAUCCUUUUGUUCCGUCUGCAAGAAGCGCGGCCACUGGCACCGAGAUCCGCAAUGUGUGUUUAACCAGGGUCAGGGGAAAGGGCAUCCCGGCGGGAACGGCUCGGCUACGGGGGCUACUUCGGGCUCUACUACCAGUGCUUCCACCCCUGAAAGGAAUCCCAAGGUGAAUUUCCCUUGUCACGUGGUGCAUGUUACAUGGGAUCUGGCCCAGCCCGCUGAGAACUGUUCCUUGUUGGGGAUCACGGACACAGCCUGCAGCCGGAGUGUUGCAGGAGUCCCCUGGAUUGAGGCCUACAUGAACGAGGCAAAGAAAGUCGGCUUCCGCCCGCCCUUCCUUGAGGCCCGGGAGUCUUUCAAGUUCGGGGCCUCUCGUGUGUUUGAGGCCGUCUACAGCGUGGUUCUGACUUUUGACAUCGGAGGGCAUGGAAUACUCGUCAAAGUGUCGGUCGUCAAUGGGGACGUGCCCCUACUGCUGUCCCGACCCGUGCUCGGUCGUCUCGGAAUGGUCCUCGAUGUCAGUGAGAACAAGGCUGACUUCCGCAAGUUGAAUGUGAAGGACCUCGCGCUUGUUAUCACGGAGACGGGCCACCCCGCGGUCCCUGUCAAGCCGAUAUUUGUAGAUGGCGCCCUCGCCCAAGGCGGCGGCUGGGACGGACCUGAGGUGAAGAUCCUUUCUGAGCGUGCGCAAUACACGGCCUUUGCAGUAGAGACUGUCUGUUUUUCUGAGCCAAACCCACUUGAACAGUCCGCAAGAACCACCUCUCCUCAGAGUCCACAGCAGUCUUCCACAGAACCCGAGCAAGUAGUCGAGUCAUCAGCCUGCCCUACGAGAUCCUCCCCGAGGCCUUCGACCCAAAGUUUGAGUGGAGAGCCAUCCGUAUUCCAUCCUAAGAAGUUGGGUUCCGCUGUCAGAGGUAUGUUGACUGCCGACAAGCUCAGUCCCGUUGCCUUUAUGACUUGGUGGAAUAGCACGGCUACUAGCAACGACUUCUGGAUUGAGGGCGAGCAGGUGUUGAUUAGGAUCCAUGUGAUUCCUAGGAAAACCCUAUUCAAUCCCGGGAAGUGGAACACAGCCUCCCCUGGACACAAAGCGGCCCUGCUACGAGCACUUGGAAGCCUCAGGACCACGGAAGCUAUAUCGUGUAAGACUCAUCGUGAGUAUCAUCCCAUACAUGGAGAGUGGCGCGACCCAGGUGACGACACUGUACUUCCGAUGCUUUGGGUCGGCAGAACAGUUUUUAGCCGCGCUCGAAUGUCGAGCACCAGCGACCCUUUGCAAUUCGAAGGACCCCAUGGCAUCGCGCUCCACGGCUCCUCUGCUGACAGCUCCCACGGUGACUCGCCCGAAGACCCUAUGGGAACUGACCAAGGACGAGUUGGUGAAGGAAGCUCAAGCCCGAGGGCUACAGCUCCAUCCCAAGUGGACCGCCGCGGAGAUCAGGCAGUGAUCCAAGAAGACCGGACUCAACGAGAUGGACCCAGUGUGCCGGGAGCGCCGCCGCCCUCCUUGUCGAAGAUGACCCUCGACCAGCUCAUGAAGGCCGCCGCGGACGCGCACCUGGAGGUCCCGGAGCUGAUGAGGGUUCUUCGGGACAACGGGAGCUCAGACGAUACUCGCCUUCGGACGGAGACUCCACCAAGCUACAGAACCUGGGCGAUUCGCGAGACCGAGGCCAAUCCUGGGGCUCAAGAGGACCUGAAGAUGUUUGCGGUUUGGAGCAAACGCGACUUGGAAGCCAAGCAGGCGACUCCGUCUCCGGCGACCCUGGGUGGCUACCUGGACUCCGAGGACACGGCGACCGUGCCCUACACCCCGGACCCCUCCGAGCAGUGGGACAUGGUGGGAAUGGCGAGUCCGCCAUCGGGGGCACGACCAAAGGCCGAAAAGGAGAACGAGGGCCAGCACCAGGGUCCACAGGCGCCAGCGGCCCACAAUGCGGACCCAGACCCCAAGGUGAUCCAGCUCCCAGAGAACACCAUCGGCCACUACCUCAACGAGGACUCUGCAGACCACGAGGGUGAAGUGAAGCAUUACCCCGAGGAGAUCCAGUCCCACGAGAACACCAUCGGCCACUACCUCGAUGAGAAGGACUCUGCAGACCACGAGGGCGUCUACCUUGGUAACAUCCCCGACGCUCUCCAGGAGGAGGAGUCCACCACUGGGGUAGAAGAUGAGUUCGAGGCCAUGUACACUGGAGCUGCUCUCACAGAACAUCCUGGUGGGCGCGACGCUAAGGACACCUACGAAAGCCGGACAUGCGAAGCGUCUGGAGGCGACCGCACCGAGGGCAUGAAGUGCGAAGCCUUAGCACGGGAGCUCCUGGGUAAAAAGUCCUUUUCCUCAGAGAGCCUUGUCCGCCUGCUCGAUUACCUCCCUAUGAAAAGGACCCGGAGACAUCGCGGUGUGUGUGGCGAGCCUACCGAGGUAGUGAAGACCUUCUUGGGCGGAAUGUGGACCCACGGAGGACUGAGAGGGCUAUCUCGGCAGACCCAGGACUUCCCCUGGACCAUCAAGUAUAUCAACAAGGCGAUGCGCGAGCUCUCCAAGGACGCAUGGAGGACCUCACAGGCGAUGUGGACUUCGGUGCUCAUCACCCAGAACGUCCAAACCCGCCUCCAUAAAGACGUGCAAAACCUUUCCGGCAGCCAGGUUCUCACCUACACCCUCGGUGACUUCACUGGGGGAAAUCUUUGGCUAGAGGACCCUCGAGUUCCGACCGAGCUCGCCAAGGACUACUACGACGAGGCCGGCCACGCCUUCCGAGGAGCUUCCAUCGACACAAAGGAGAAGCCCUACGUCUUCGAUCCCAAGAGCAAGCACGCCACCGAGCCAUGGGAAGGAGAGACGAACUACGAGAACUGGGCUUUCCCUCUACGGGGACUCGAUGGGCUCCUGGCACCCAAACCGGACCACUACGACAAGGCCGAUCGCCCUGCCAAGAGCGUGAGAAAAGGGAUCUGGAAGGCUGCCAAGCGCUUGGUUGCCCUCACUACAGUCUGCGCAGCUGCUGCUGCGACGUUGACCGGAGCUGGACGAGGACUCUGGAGUGCGAUUUCCUCAGUCCUUCCGGAAGACCUCUAUCACGAGGACUUCCUCCCUAGGCUCAACGAGACUGUCGAGGAGCUCGCCCCAGCCACUAUUUGGAUCCACGGUGACAUCGCUAUCGGACGUCUACGAGAGUUAGAGGAGGUUGCCUACAAGCAGAUCAAGAAAGGCAGGGCCGUGGUCUGGGAAGCGCCCGACGACGCUUCCAUCUGGGAGACCUCCACCCUUGACCGCAUGCGAGAAGAGGGAGACCUACUUCUAGAGCGAAGCCGCAAUGGGAGACGAGAGCUCAAGAUCAACUUGGUUCAGACCUCGGUGUCAUUUGUGGGAACGGAAAAGGUCGGGGCGCUUGAGACCUACCUGGCCUCAUCUCAAACUACACCAACGAGAUCUACUACCUCUGAGGAAGCCUGCGCCGUGACCGAGAUCUCCGAAGAUACUCCCUCGGACCGGCUCCACGAAUCGCGCGGAGCAAGUGCUAUCACGUUCGAGGCCGGGAAGAAGAUUCCUCCCGUCGUGCAGGCAUCUUUACGCCGACUACACCAGAACUUGGCUCAUCCCCGGAACGACGAUCUGGUGCGUCACCUGAGAAUGGCAGGAAGCGCUCCCGAAGUUCUAGAAGCAGCCAAACGUCUUAGAUGCGAGGUUUGCGACCGGCACCACCGAGCGAAGUCGGCGAAGCCGAGCUCGCUCCCUUCCCUCUUGGAGUUCAACCAGCUGGUCGCGGUCGAUGCCUUUUCGGUGUAUGACGCUCAUAAGACCCGAGUCGAGUUCCUCAUGGUGAUCGACCUCGGCACGGGAUUCUGUGUGGCGCGAGAACUUGAAGGACACUCUGGCGAGGCCCUCGAGAAGGUUUUCUGUGAUGCUUGGGCGUCUACUUUCGGGCCCCCAGGAACCCUCAUCCUUGAUUUGGAGACAGGCCUGCAAGCCGGCCUGGCAAGGUUCAGUGAAUGGCAUGGCACCUGGAUCAGGCCCAUCGCGGCGCAAGCCCACUAUCAGCAGGGCUCCGUCGAGAGAUGCAUUCGCACCUGGAAGCAGCUGUGGGAGAAGGUCGUUGACGAUAAGACGAUCGAGUCCGAUGAGGCGGCCAUGGCAGCCACGGUGAUCAACUCUGCAAUGAAUUCUUUGAGAAGGAGCUCGGGCACAAGCCCGGCACAGGCCGUGUGGGGGAGAGAACCUAAACUCCCAGAGGACUUGACACUUCCAGCCGAAAGUGAACACUUCGAGAGCGUCCUCACUCGAGAUCGUCUCCGAGCCCGAGAGUUUGCCUUGAGGAACUCGGCCCGGACCGCCUACUACAAGUGCCAAAGCGACGCCACUCUCCGAAGGGCUCUUCACCAUCGUUCCCGUGUUGCAGGCCCUGAGCUGGUCACCGGGGACCACGUGUACAUCUACCGAAAGCCGAAGUCCCAAAAACACUGGGAAUGGUAUGGACCAGGCGUCUUGAUAGGACGGGAGGGGCCCAACUGGUGGGUCUCAUACUCCGGCCGCUGCCACCUCACUUCACCGGAGCACCUCCGGAUGGCGAGUGGAGAAGAACUUGGUGCAGCCUUUUCCUUACGUGCCACGCGAGAAGACUUGGAACGGAUCCUGGACAUGGACUUCAGCGACGAGACCAUCUACGUGGACGACACUGCCAUGGGCGAUGGCGACCAUGUCCCUGAGGAGAUCUUGAUCGAUCCCGGAGAACUACCUGGCGACCCGUCCUCCCCUUCGGCAACAGGGGACAACAAGAGGGACAAGGGACCCUCCCGGCUUCCGCCGGUUACCAAGCGACAGCGAAAGAAAGGGCCCGGAGAUGAUCCCGGACCGAGCCGUUCUUCCCACGAGCACCACGACAGCGCGUUCAUGGCCAAGUUCGCGAAGACAGCAAGAGGGCGUGAAAAGGCACUCGAGAAGGAGAUUCCAUGGAACCUCAUCCCGUCUGAGGCCAAAGACCUUUUCAAGAACGCGGAGGCCAAGCAGUAUCAAGAGCAUCGCGACCAUGGAGCUUUGGAACCUCUGAGUCUCGAGGAAAGUCGCGAGAUCGCCACCACGAAAGCGGACCGUAUCCUGCCGAGCAGGUUCGCCUACCGUGACAAGAAUUGGAGCAAGCGACGUGGCAAUCCAGCCAUCGACUGGAAGGCCAAAGCCAGGUUGGUGAUAGGAGGACAUCGCGACCCCGAUUUGCUCAAGGGCCUCAACACCCAUGCUCCUACCAUUUCGAGGCAGGGCAUCCUGCUUUUGCUCCAGAUCCUGGCAAGCAAUCUUCAACAUGGAUGGUCCGGGCAUGCUGGCGACGUCACGGCAGCUUUCUUGUCGGGCGAGGAACUCACCCGAGAGCUCUUCCUGAAACAGCCCAAGUGCGGAUUGGGCGGACUCCACCCGGAACAGCUCCUCAGAAUUCGGAAGCCGAUCUUUGGGCUUGUGGACUCCCCGGCAGCUUGGUGGCAUAAGCUCAGCGGCACCCUCAAGACCUUGACGAUCGUUGAUGACCAAGGGGUCAGGUGGGCCAUCAAGCAGUGCGAGCUCGACAACUGCAUUUUUACGGUCCACCAAGUGAACACCGACGAGAACGGCUACGAGACCUACGGGAAGCCCCAGGCCUACCUUGGGGUCCACGUCGACGAUAUUCUCUUGAUCGGGAAUGAUGGACUAUGCGCCUGCUUGAAGCGCGAGCUGAGCAAGCAGUUUCCCAUCGACGAAUGGGAAACUGGUUCCUUCGAGUAUGUGGGAUCCUACGUGGACAUUCAGCCCGACCGCAUCAAGGUGAGCCAGGAGUCCUACGUGAGCACUCGACUUUUCAACGUCGAGGUCGAGAAGGGUGCGAAGGAUUGGGAACCGGCCUCCGAAACCCAGAGGCUGGACAACAUGUCCCUUAUCGGGGCAUUGUCAUGGCUGGCCUCACAAUCACGUCCAGAUCUACAAGUCGGCGUGUCUAUGAGUCAGCAGUGUCAACGUGACCCAUGCAUCGGAGACAUCCGGUUCACGAACCUCCUCGCGCAACGGGCCCUGGAGCACCAGCAGGAGGGCGUCUACAUCUACCCCGUCGACUUUGAGAAGGCCUUGCUCAUCUGCUACCAUGAUGCUGGAUGGGCAAACUGCCCACAAGAUCAAGAGGACCCCUUCUACGCCCUCGACGAGGAUGAGGAGAAGCAAGGUUUGAUCGAAGGUGGACCGCACGGCCUCCUUUCCAAGAAAGCCAAGAAAGCCAACUCCUCAAUUGCCUCUCAGCUCGGGUGCCUCUUCAUGUUCGGGGAGGACAAGGUUCUACGAGGACACCAGACCCCUAUGAGCAUCCUCGAUUGGAAGAGCGGUGCGUGCGAAAGGGUCUGCAGAUCCACCUUCCAGGCGGAGACGAUGGCGUGUGCCUACGGGAUUGAGACCUCCGAGUACAUUCUCAAGUUCCUGCAGACCCUCCUGGACGGGAAGCUCAUUAAAGGGAACACCAAGUUCCCAGCGAGGUUUGUCAGUGACUGCAAGAGUUUGUAUGAUCAUCUUAUGAGAGAGGGGAUCCCAAGGGUCCCGACGUGCAAGAGGCUUGCCAUAGACCUAGCUUCGAUUCGGUGCGACUUAAGCCAUUUUGGAAAGAUCGCAUGGACGCCGACCACGGCGCAGCUUGCAGAUCUCCUCACCAAGCCACUGAAAGCGGCGAGUUGGUGGGAUCAGAUCAAGUCAGGAAUCAGACUGACAUUUCGAGAGGAAGAGAAGAUUUUGAACGAGUGUAAAUCCAAGAUCGAUUCUGAAUCAGGAGCUUCUUCUCUUCCUUGCCCAGCAUAG